AUGCCAAAUUUAAAAAGAGUAAACGAACUCCCACCGAAAACGGAUUCGAAAGAUCAUCCGACGCUACGUAAAAUAGAAAUGGAAACGAACGUCGUACCCCCAUACCUGAUCAUGCUGUUCUCGGAGGAAAUGGUUUUGUGUACGGGAUGUAUAGUAAUGCCGGAUUUGGUUAUAAGUACGGCAUCUUGCUUGGAUGUACAAGUAAAUAGAAACGAUGAAAAAUUUCUUGCCGUUAAAAUCACGUCCUCGUUCACGGAAUAUUUAAAGGAAAGAUUGAAAAAACCGUUCGAGGAAUCCGUUAACAUGACGAACGUGGAAGAAAGAAGAAGCUUAGAAUAUUAUUUACAUCCUCAAUAUCUCGCAAGAGUUCAAGAUAUCGAUCUCGUAUUGAUAAAAUUGAAUCAUCCAUUUGACAUUAAAGAAAAUGAAUUACCCAAAAUGUCUUAUGGGAAAACGAAAGAAUUACGAAAUUGCACGACAUUAUAUUUCGCGCUCAAUUCAACGAAAGAUGAAACAAAACUAACAUUAAAAACACGCGAAAAUUUCAUGGUUAGUUUGUGGCAUUUUUUAGCCGUUCCGAGCAUGUAUUGCUUCGAUUUAGGACAAACAAAAUCUACAACGCACCUUUGUCCAGGAGUUUCCGGAAGUCCUUUGAUAAGAUUUAACGAAUUAUGGGGCAUUGCUUCCUUUUCCUUUCCCAUAUGCGACUGCAAUGAAAUUUAUUUUUAUUGUUUCAUUGAUUUUUUCGCUGCUCAAAAAUGGUUGAAAACAUACAUUAAGGUUAAACAAUAA